AUGACAUCCUUUGUUGCAAUCGACCACUUCACCACAGAAACACUCACCGCCAUCCCACCAGAGGAAAAGCCCACCUACAACAGCCUCAAAAUCAUCCACCAGGAGCUCAACGCUAAUGCAAUGACAAUCCCAUCCGGCAUUGGAGGAGGGCACUACAGACACCUUACAUUGGUACUCACAGCAGCUCAAUACAAUGCAUUGCCCAACACCGAAGCAUGGGCCAAUCCAGCCCACCCAGGACAGGCACCAGUCCAUGGCGCAGCACCAACAGCGGCUCAAAUUGCAGAAACUAACAGGCUCUUUGCAGCAAACGAAAAACAAUUUCUCAUCUUCAGAGGAACCGAAACAGCGCUCAAGAAGCAGUUGCUGGAAGCGGUAUCUAACACCUUCACCAAUACACUCAAACACAAGAUGUACGGCUAUGCACAAGUCACCGCCCAUGAAAUCCUCGCCCACUUAGAUGCAGAAUACGGCACAGUGGACGCCGAUGACAUCAAGGACAACGAAAAACGCAUGAACGCUACCUGGAAUCCUUCCCAACCAAUCGAAGACCUCUACAAUCAAGUCAAGGACGCCCAGAAGUUUGGCGGCGACCAUGAUGAUAUCUCCGAAAAAAAGAGCAGUCAGCGCCAUCAUCGAGAACUUAACCCAAAGUGGAGUUUUCACUGCUGCCCUCUGCGAUCACAGCAGAACAGACCAUGGCCAACCUCGAAACGAAAUUCACGGCUGCAGACAAGGAAAGACGCCGAAUCCUCACUCUGA